UUCUCCACAGAAAUCCGGGCUGUUCCUCUGGUCACCAGUGAACGAGGCAGAUUUGAGGAUUUGACUGUGCACUUUCUGACAGACACAGAAGAGAGGGAGAAAGAGCAGCUGCUAAAAGACUACUUGAUAGUGAUAGAAAUUCCAGUGCAAGGCUGGGAUCAUGGUACAACUCAUCUAAUUAAUGCUGCAAAGUUAGAUGAAGGCAACCUACCCAAAGAAAUCAACCUUGUGGAAGAUUACUUUCAACUGGUACAGCAUGAGUACAAGAAGUGGCAGGAGAACGCUGAACCUGCCAGGAGAGAGACCUGCCCCAGGAACAGACAGGAACUGUCUUUUUCCCAGCUCUCCCUCUUACAGGUGAAAUGUGAAACGCCAAAUUGCCCUUUCUACAUGUCUGUGAACACCCAGCCCUACUGCCACGAGUGCUUUGAGCGGAGGUCCGAGGGAAGCAAAGGAAGAAAGCAGACCUCCAAAGCAGCACCCGAGAAACUGAAGACAGCUGGGUCGGGUUCCUCACGUGGGGAUGUUUGUGAACCUGGGGGAUGGGCGUCCGAAGGACCUGUAACAGGGCCUCGCUCCGCACCUCCGACUGCUCCGAGCCUUUUCCUGUACAGUGAGACCACAGCCAUGAAAUGCAGGACACCAGACUGCCCCUUUACACUGAACGUGCAGCACAAUGGGCUUUGCGAACGCUGCCACAAUGCCAGACAGCAUGGUCCUUGCAACAACUUGGAUGACCGGAGACUUUUAGACUAUGCCACAUGCAAGGUGUGCUGUCAGAAGGCCAACAGGACCUUCAACGGCAUAUGCAGCGCUUGCUUCAAAAGGUCUACAGAGCACUCCUCAAACGGCAGGCCUGCUUUCCCACCUAUGUGCCACCAGAGAUCGACAUCUGACCCAUCCCAGAUCUCACAGAGCCUACUCCAGCACUCCUGCCAUGAGGCCCCCAAUGGCUGCGGCGAGGAGCCCCCACCACCGGCGCUGCCUCCCGAGGAGAAAAGGGGAGGGAACCCCUGCAGGAAACCUAGCUGCAAGUUUUUCGGGACACCGCAGAAUGAGGGCUUUUGCACGCUGUGUUUCUUUGAGUACAGGGAAAACCACGACAGCGCUUUGCUGCGCCACCAGAGGAGAUCUCAGAGGAAGUCCUCGGCGACAGCUCAGACAGGGACCUCAGCUGCCGCCUUCCGUAACACCGUGUCCUGCCAGCGGCGCGACUGCGGUACCCUGGGAAGCACGAUGCUUGAGGGGUACUGCCAGAACUGCUUCAUUAAGGCCCAGGACCAGCGUUUUCAGGAAGCCAGGAGGUCAGAAGAACAGCUGUUGAGACAGACAGAAAGAAUGGGACAGCACAGAGAUGUGCAGCAAGCAGCAUUGAGUAGCCAGAAGAGACAGUGUGCUGUGGCUUCGUGUCGAAACAACCUGGCCUGCAGAAGCAAUGACUUGUGCUCUGAGUGCAAGCACCUCACACCAUCAAGGAGUGCUAGGGACCCCGCUGCAGAGGAACCCCCAAAGCAACGCUGCCGAGCCCCUGCUUGUGAUCACUAUGGCAAUGCCAAGUGCAACGGCUACUGCAAUGAAUGCUACCAGUUCAAACAGAUCUACGGCUAG